GAACGCUUAGUCAUUGGCUCAGCCUUGAAAAAUACCAUCGUCAUAUAUAUUUGCCCUUUAGAAUACGGAUUAAAUAUUUUCAAGAGAACGCCUCCCCGUUUACAAAAUACUCUAAAGGUCAGAUGUUAUAGCUCCAACUACUCCAUGAAUAUAGCAUUUACCAUACAACUAACAGAAAUAUAUAUUUGCUCUAAUAAGUCCUUGUCCGUACAUAUAUUGGCGACGAUACGUAACGAACUAAUUGAAUCGAAUGCUACUGAGGAUUUUUCAUGGAAAAUUGCUAGUUUAAAAGUGACAGCUAUUCCUAUAGAGCUCUCAUGAGAUUUGAAUACAGGCAUUUUAUUAGUAUAGUAGAGAUUUUUUUAGGUCAAGUUUUCUUUUCAGAGUCCCUGCUUUAAGAGACACUAUUUUUCAUUUUUCGACGAGCGCAUAUCGCCCAACUCCGCGAGGGUGGAAAUAACGAUAACGUCGUACAGAGUGAUUCAAUAGAUCGGAUGAAAUUACUACAUACACGCAGCGAUAAUGAAACAUUUCUUUCAUUUUGCUCGUAAAUAGGAUGCAAGCAAGUAUUUUUAUAUGAUUGAUAAAGGCAGACCGUAAAGGUUAUCGUCUCUCCUUUUAAGACAAACUUGAAAAUAAUCAAUAAAUUUUCGAAAAAAAAAAUUUCAGUCCUCAAAUAACUUCGACAUAUUUAGAGUAUAGGAAGUUGGCUAAUUCGAACUUACGACUUACGACGAACUUACGGUUACGACACUUUGAUCAGCGGCGUGUACAUGUAUAAUACCCGAUCGCCUGACCGCUAGGCUGUUUCUCACCUUGAAAAUUCGUGCUAGCACAUUAUUUUCAUAGCAUAGUUAUUUAUUCAUAAAUACAACACCGCAAAACCUUCUGGAAACAUUCUAGCUAGCAUUAUUUAUACUCGAAGUCAGAUAUGUCGCUGCGUUUACUCUCGCACAUCAUCUUGCCUUAAUAAUAUUGUGUUUGAUAUAAUAACUCGAGUGUAUAAAUGUAUUUCCUCUAGUCGACCCGAACGUCAUGAUGUCAGAAAUUUGUACUUCUAAUAUAUCUACGAGAUAAUGCUGCUAAUGGUAUGUAAAUGACACGCACGUCACCCAACAAGGCAAGAGUAAGCUCUUCCUAAGAGCCAACUCUAUAGCCUGUUCUGUAUAAGAAUUAUCGGCAUUUUUUUCGUUGACGUAUCAGAGCAUACUCCUAAAUAUCAUCUCAAUCAUCAUAUAUCAAUAAAUAUAUUGAGAACAUUUUUCAUUCAUUAGUACGGACGUGUUUCAUAGUAUAGUACAGGAACAUUACUUGUAGUUGCUUCCCACCUUCGGCCCUAUAAUCAGUCAUCGAAUGGCACUCGGCAAAACGCAGGCCGAUUUGCCGAGCCGAGUGCCAUUCGAAUACUGUUCCAACAAAGCUGCAUUUUAAUCAAAAUAAAAUGCAUUAUCACCUGUUGGGAAUCAACAACUAGUCUCCUUUAAAAACCAAGUAAGAAAGCUCGAAAUAGCGCAAGAGUAAACGGAAGCGUUGGCAGCCGCAUUCAAUAUAGCUCGCCGGUUUAGAUGUUUGGCUCUCGUUUAAGAUGCGACAGACAUUGGGCGUAAAUCCCUAGACAAGCAUGAGUUUUUUUUAACAUUGAUAAAAUUUGGUUUAUGCAAAAUAUUGACCCGGACGUGAUUUGAACACGCAACCUUCUGAUCUGGAGUCAGACGCGCUACCGUUGCGCCACCGAGUCACGCACUCACUUACGACAUGCUCUGGCCUGAGCAGUUUAACCAAAUAUGUUCAAUCUUCUUUUACCAAUUGUAAGUACGAGGCGGCGCCACGUAGACGUAUUCCAACUUCAACAUUUUAGCUGCUGAUGGCGUACAAAAACAUAAUCUGCGUUAGUAAGUGUUACUAAAAAGAGUUUUUUUUGAUAAGCUUUUGCGUGUAACCAAUUAUUAUUAUACUGGAUAACAUUAAAAUUGCUUAUUCACUUACACGGUCGAUAUUAAAUUCUCAUUAUACAUGCAUUUUAUACGCGUGUUGGCUAUAGGGGUAUUAUUUAUUGCGUUUAGUUUUUACUGCGACGGACUCUACAGUCGUCUGCUACAGCUUGCAGCAAGGAAUCUUGUGGGAAAGGACGGGCAGCGCAGACGUAAACAUAGCAUCGAAACUACUUGAAAUGUGCGUGGAACGAUAAGCUACGCUUUCAACUUUGUCGUCGGUCAAUGUAAUUCAGCUCCUCAAGAAAACCAGCCGAUGUAAAGAGUUGCGAUAGUUCCUCUGCGAUUCGGGCGGCGUGCAACAGAUUAUUGAAAUAGAAAGCGAUUUCUGUGUCAAUCAAGCCCUGCGUACGAAGAUACAGUUCGCAGCUAGCGCCUUCUUGUCGUCUCAUCAUUCCAGGAACGGGAGGAUCAAAAAGGCUUCAGGUGCAAACAUGUUUCGCAGACUCUGGUCGCGUACGUUGACUGGAAGAGCUGUCAGGCCUGGCAAAACGGCGAAGUCUGAAUCAACCAGUAGUUCUACUGGUCCAUUUAACGACGGAAGUUACGCAAUGAAGGAGACGAUCGGGCUUGGGGGCUAUGGGCUAUUAGCCGUUCCGAUAACUACAUUUACCCUCGGCUGUUGGCAAGUGAAACGGCGCAAAUGGAAGCUGGACCUUAUCGAGAAAAUGAAAGCACUAACCCAAGCCGAUCCAAUUAGUCUGCCCAAGGAUCUUCGGCAGCUCGAAGAACUAGAAUACCAUAGUGUGCGGGUACGUGGUCAAUUCAUCCACGAAGACGAACUGUAUAUUGGACCACGGGUGGAUGUGCAUUCGACAAAAUCCGGUUAUCUGGUCGUUACUCCGUUCAAGUUGGAGAACUCGGAUUUGACUAUUUUGGUUAACCGGGGCUGGGUGGCCCGUAGCCAGACAAAUCCAGCAACGCGACUUGAAGGCCAACAAUCGGGACCGGUUGAACUGGUCGGCAUUGUACGCAAGACGGAAAAACGUCCACCACUGGGCCAUGGAGAAGGCCGUAUUGGUCCUUUAUUCGCUUACAGAAAUAUAGAGGAAAUGGCAUAUUCAGUUGAUGCUGCACCAAUUUUUCUAGAUGCUGUUCGUGAAUGUACAGUCAAAGGAGGACCCAUUGGCGGUCAAACUCAAAUACAACUAAGAAAUGAGCAUGCAUCGUACAUUGUUACAUGGUACACUCUAGCCGCAUGCACCAUGUAUCUCUGGUACACCAAGUACGGAAAGCUUUUAAAAAGAUAGGUUAUAAGAAAGUUCUAAUAUGUAGAUCCAUGUAGCAGAGAAUGUUAGGGCCGUAGAAAAAGCGAUCCUGUGCAAGUUUUCAGUUGGUUUUACCUAAAGUUGUAAAUAAACAUAAAAAAAAAUUAGAUAUAUUUAAAUAUACGGUGCUGUCUUCAUUAAUAUGUAUACAAUUUUGAUAGAUAAAUUUGGUUGUUUCCGCUUUUCUUCUAAACGUACUAGCCGGGUUACAAACAAGUAAUAUAUAUUAAGCGAGUUUGAACUUCGUAACAGCUCAUUAAAUUUAAGUGAAAAAUACGACACGACUAAUAGAGACGAAUUGCCGAAUAAUAGGAGUAUAUACAUUUUUUUAAAUACAUAUAACAGCUAAAAAUAAUAAUUAUAAAAGUUCUAUAAAAAUAUAUAUA